GAAAAAGCGGUAAAAUCAAGCAUUGGAGGAAAAUAAGCAAAGAUUUUUUUGGAACACCCAUUUAUUUAACAACUUUCAAAAUUUACAGAAAAGAUGAACAAACAAAACUCAUAACAAUUUUAAACUGGAAAUCGUUUGACCAAAUCAUUUUAUACAUUUUUUAACCUCAGCCAAACAAUGUCCCAGCAAACUCUUGCUCACUUUGUUUUAGAGAGAAAUAUUCGACAUUCACCGAGGCGAUCCCCAUUGCGCACUUUGCAUACAAGUCUUAGUGGUAGUGAUGCUGUUGCCUCUCCAAUGUCACCAGAUGAGGAGGUUAUUAGACAAAGAGGGCAAAUUAGAACCAGUCCAAGGAAAAGGGCAUUCCAGACAUCAACCCCUGCAAUCACAGAUAUUGGUUUGUUGGACACAUCAUUAGAUACCAGUACUACCUCAUCUAGUGGUUCACGUACACCGACACGUAAAAGUGCAGCAGAUGGAGUUAGGAAGAGGCUGAUGUUGUCGACAUCUUACAUCAGUAGUGAUCCAGAGGAUAGUCCUUGUCCUAAGGGUUUAACACAAUCAGCAGCGAAGAAGCGUAAAUCUAACAAAGGAACAAGUGAAAUGCCUGUUUCGAUAAAUAAGAGAUUAUCUGCCCUUAGUUCUGAACAAUUAACAGAAUUGCUGGGAAACCUUAUUAACAAACAUCCAGAUCUGAAAGAGGAAGUUGAAAAAAGUUUACCUAAACCAGAUAUUGGCCAUUUGAUGGACAAUUUGGAGUAUUUUAGGAAAAAUAUUUUUAAGUCAUUGCCAAAUUCAAGGUGGGGAUCAAGCAGGGAUGCAUUUUGCUUUCGUAGAGUAAAAACCCAUGUUGAAAACUUUAAGAGUACAUGUAUUAGUCAAGGUAAACAACUUCAGGAUGCAGGGUCAUGGGAAGCUAGUCUAGAGUACAUACUACAAGCCUGGGAGUGUGUAGGUAAUACACCUGACUGGGACAAUGUAGCUCACAACAAAAGUAAAGAAAUGUGUUUCCGUAACCUAGCCACACAGUGUAAAAAAUCCAUCAAGGAAAGCAGUUUAGACAAGGAUGCUUAUAUAUCCAUCAAAGACAGGUUAGAAGAGGCUGUUUCAACAAACAACCAGAUUUCACCAUGCAUUGAGAUAGUUGACAAGAAGAUACAGAAAAUUAAAUAAAGAAAACGUUACCAGUAGUAACAUGAGAAAGAAAGUGAAAUAAAGAAAGAUAGAAAGAUUCAAAUAAAGAAGAUUUGUUCAGUAAAAUGAAGUUACAAAAAAAUCAAACAAGAUUUUUUUUUAAAUGAAAAUAAUUAGUUAAGUUUGUCAAAAUUUACAAUAGAAAUAUUUUUAUAAUGAUGAAUGAUAUAUCAUAUAUAUAUAUGACGUCAUUCCCAGUUUACUGCAACUGUUCAUAUUUUAUUUGCUAUAUUAACUAGUGUAUCAUCUGUUACAUGAUGAAAUUGUUUAUAUUUUAAAUCAGAUUGAUUAUGAAUAAUUUUAUAUUAGACUAUUAAAUGCUAAAUAUUGUUUUUAUCAAAACACAUAUUUAUAAGAUUUUUUUAAUUGAAUUUUAUUUAUUACCGAAAAAAAACACUGCAAUAAAUUAAAUUUCAGAUGUAAUCAGAACAAAAUGAAUAAGAAUAAAAUGACGAAAAGUUAAAAAAAAAAUGUGGUGUCAGUAAAAAUAAUAUGUGUAUAACAUUGAAAGAUUAUGGAUGUGUAUAAUUGAGAAUUAUUUUGUUACCAUGUUUGUUAAACAAUUUUCACAUACGGUGCUACCAAAUGUAUAUAUUUUGUUAUACUUUUUGCUGUUGAUAUAUAUAUAUUAGUAGUAUGAAAUGUAUAUAGUCACAUGGGGCAUAAUGUUCCACAUGUUGACUUUUUUUUAAUGAAAAAUACAUGUGUAUUACAAUAGUGUUAAUUAUAGUUAUAAGUCAAAACCAUGGUAUGUAAUGAUGUCUAUCAAGUGUAUUUGUGUGUAUUGAUCAAAUGUUAAGAUUCUGACCAAGAAAAAAAGGUAAAAGAAAAAAAAAGAGAAAAAUAUAGAAACAUUAUUUAUGUAUAACAUAACAAAAGGUUAGAAUGAAAUGAUGAAAAAAAGUCUUUAGUAUUAGAAUGGGCCUUUAAUUAUCCCUGUAAAAAGUUUUUAUAGGAAAAGAAUUAUUUUGAAUGGAAUUUAUGUUGGAUAAAAUUGCUUGAUUGAUCCUAAAUUGCACAAGUAAAGACUUUCAAUUUCUCGUGAAGGUUUUAUAUGGUCCCCCUUUUUGAUGUAUAUUCAUAAUUGAAAUUUUUAUAGUUAAAAGUUCUGAACUUAGUUUAUAUUUUGAAUUAUUUUAUUUUUGCCCUUUAGUAUAAACAUCUUUGACUGUGUUUGCUCAAAUGUUGCUGAAUUUUCAUAUUUUGUACUGUACUGAUCAAAUGAUCAAAUAGAAAAAAAAUUUGCUUCCAAAUCAAUUCACCAUUUCAUAAUCUAAUGCAUUCUGGUUAAUAUUUUCAAAAGCGUACACCAAAAUUUUGUGAUUGGUUUAAAACGUUCUAAACAAUGGAAAUUCAACCAAUGACGUAACGUUAUUUUCAUUUUGGUGUACGAACAAUAAGAUUACCAAGAAUCCUUUAGAUUCUGAAAAGGCGAAUUGAGCUAGCUAUCAAAAUAUUAGUAUCAAGCAAUUAUUUUAAAAAGUGAUGUUUAAGAUGGAAUGCUUGGUUAACGGUUUCUUUAAAAUACUUAAUUUGUAUGUUGUAUAAGAAAAUGAAGGCACUAAUUUAAGUAAAUGUAGACUAAUUUUAUUUACUUAAUUGAAUUAAAUAGAAAAAUUUUGAAUACAUUUAUCGUACUCAGACUCAGAAAUCAACCAAUCAAAAUACUGGACUUGGUUCUUAGUCGAUUUUAAUGACCAAAAGACCUAGUCGUAAUGUUAUAUAUUCACACUUAGCAUAGAUGUACAAAGCAAUUAUAGAAAAUAUGUAAUUAUUAUUAGUAUUAUUGAUCCAUGUAUACAGCCACCUUGAACUCUCUUGAGGGAAUUCAGACUUCUACAAAACAACUGCAAACUUGAACUAUUUAAGACAUUCCUGUUAGAAGCUGCAUUAUUUACUCUUUUUUUAGCUCACCUGACCUGAAAGGUCAAGUGAGCUUUUCUCAUCACUUGGCGUCCGUCGUCCGUAAACUUUUACAAAAAUCUUCUCCUCUGAAACUACUGGGCCAAAUUUGACCAAACUUGGCCACAAUCAUCAUUAGGGUAUCUAGUUUAAAAAAUGUGUCCGGUGACCCGGCCAACCAACCAAGAUGGCCGCCAUGGCUAAAAAUAGAACAUAGGGGUAAAAUGUAGAUUUUGGCUUAUAUCUCUGAAACCAAAGCAUUUAGAGCAAAUCUGACAGGAGUAAAAUUGUUUAUCAGGUCAAGAUCUAUCUGCCCUGAAAUUUUCAGAUGAAUCGGACAACCUGUUGUUGGGUUGCUGCCCCUGAAUUGGUAAUUUUAAGGAAAUUUUGCCGUUUUUGGUUAUUAUCUUGAACAUUAUUAUAGAUAGAGAUAAACUGUAAACAGCAAUAAUGUUCAGCAAAGUAAGAUCUACAAAUAAGUCAACUUGACCAAAAUUGUCAUUUGACCCCUUAAGGAGUUAUUGCCCUUUAUAGUCAAUUUUUAACCAUUUUUCGUAAAUUUUUGUAAUCUUUUACAAAAAUCUUCUCCUCUGAAACUACUAAGACAAAUUUAACCAAACUUGUCCACAAUCAUCAUUAGGGUAUCUAGUUUAAAAAAUGUGUCCGAUGACCCCGCCCGCGAACCAAGAUGGCCGACAUGGCUAAAAAAUAGUACAUAGGGUAAAAUGCAGUUUUUGGCUCAUAUCUCUGAAACCAAAGCAUUAAGAGCAAAUCUGAUGAGGAUAAAAUUGUUCAUUAGGUCAAGAUCUAUCUGCCCUGAAAUUUUCAGACCAAUCAGGCAACCCGUUGUUGGGUUGCUGCCCCUGAAUUGGUAAUUUUAAGAAAAUUUUGCAGCUUUUGGUUAUUAUCUUGAAUAUUGUUAUAGAUAGAGAUAAACUGUUAACAGCAAUAAUGUACAGCAAAGUUAGAUCUACAAAUAAGGCAACAUGACCAAAAUUGUCAAUUGACCCCUUAAGGAGUUAUUGCCCUUUAUAGUCAAUUUUUUACAAUUUUCAUAAAUUUUGUAAAUUUUUGUAAAUUUUUACAAAGUAUUUUCCACUGUAACUACCGGGCCAAGUUCACUAUAGAUAGAGAUAAUAGUAAGGAGCAAGAAUGUUCAGUAAAGUAAGAUCUACAAACACAUCACCAUCACCAAAACACAAUUUUGUCAUGAAUCCAUCUGUGUCCUUUGUUUAAUAUGCACAUAGACCAAGGUGAGCGACACAGGCUCUUUAGAGCCUCUAGUUUUUGUAAACUCUUAAUUCUGCAAAUGAACUGAUCUUCAAUUGAAUUUGAAAAGUACUACAGGAUGACCAUGUAAAUAAUCAAACUUUCUGUUUUAAAUUACGCAAGUAAUAUUUUCAACAGCAAGUAUGUGUACUUGGCACUGCUUAGUAAAUCUUGCAUUAUUUUGAAAGAUUUGCAAUAUUGAAUAAAGAAUGCAUUUAUUUCUGAAUUUGCAGUACUGCAUACAAAUGGGAGUAGGAUUCAUAUGUUGGUGUUUAGAUCUAAUAAGAAACAAUGCUUUAUGAAUUUUGUAACUGAAAAUCAUUAUUUCAGAAAAAAAGAAGGAAAUAAUAUUCAAAAUAUUUUUGUUUUUACUUCCAAUUGAAAAAUGAAGAUACUUUCAAUAUAUUCAAUAUUUUGGUCGAACAUAUUGAAUUUACAACAUAUUAGUUUCCUUUGUUCUUGUCAUGAACAUGUAUCUUUUGUCCUGUAACACAUGGGACCCAUUGAAGUUAUAAUUUCAUUAUUUGCAAUAGGUUUUGUAGAGUGUUCCCUGGGGUUAAACUGUGAUAUUAAUUAACAAUUGUUCAGGUGGUCUGGUUUUUUUUCUUUUGUACAUAUGGAUAAUUAAAGAUCGAUUUGUAAAAAAAAGUAGUCCAUGAAGAAAAAAUGUAAAAUAUGAAAGUAGAUUACUUCUAGUUAUGUAGGAUGUGUAGUAUUUAGAAUAGAUCAACACAACAAUUAAGGUUAUAUUAAAAAAAAUUAUAUGAGUGCUCGAAUUGAUAACUUUUCAUUGUUUAUGAAAUUGUAAUGAAUUAAAAUAACAUAUCCUUGUCACAAAUCUGCAUUUGUGCCAGACUACCUUACAAUACUGACUUGCACAAGCCUUCAUCUGAACGGAUAAGUCUUCAUCUGAUUGGAUAAAUCGGCAAUGUGAUCAGUUCAAGCUGUCCAUCAUUUUAUUUAUGUUAGGCCAUACAAAAAAAAUGCCUAGGUUCUUGGGCCACUUUUUAAAAUAUUGAUGAGGGAGGGAGGCCUUUUUUUUCAGAAGAAGAAAGUUGUCUUUCUUUUUUUCGAGAAAUUUCAUCAAAUCAACUGCUUCAGUUGGUAGCUAAUAAUCAUAAAAUACCAUAAAGAGUAAAAAAUGUUAGACUGAGGUCAUUUUCUCAAAGCAGUUCAUUUUUUUAAGUUAUUUCAAACUUGUUUAUUGUGUUUAAACCAUAGAAAGCGGAUAUGUAUUUUAAAAAGAAUAACAGAAUAGAAAUUCGAUAUGUGAUACAUACAGAAGUCUGUUUUAAAAGUUUAAACAGUUAAAUAUGCAAUUAAAAUAUAUAAUUAAUAUUAAGACUUCUUUAGUUUGAAAGGUCAUUUGUCUUGAGGAGAUAAAAAUAUCUGGUUAUUUUUUAAAUAAAGUUGAAUUAAAAAUCAGGUAUUUAAGUUAAAAAUCAAAAGCAUUGUCCAUUUAUAUAAAUAACAUAAGUAGGGAAUUCUUAUUCCACCAUUCAUGUUUUGAAACCUAUUUAAAAAAUAAACUUGUUUUCUCUAUGGUUGUGAGUUCAAACCCUGGCUUUGGCAAGGUGUGUUCGACUCCCACCUUAUUUUACUAGGUUUGACAGUUUUCUUGCUGAAGGUCUGGGUUCUCUAUGGGUACUCUGGUUUCCUCCUCCAAUAAAAACUGACCACCAUCAUAUAGGCAAGUGUGCUUAAAAUGGCGUUAAAUACCAACAAUCAAUCAUAUUUGUCCCUUAAUUUAUUGUUUUACCAAUCCUUGUGCAAUGUUUCAUUAAAACUUUGUCAUAUUUUUGAAAACUUUCUAAAUUAUCAAUGCUUAAAGAUAUCUUGUAUUAAAAGUAUAAUUUUGUUUAAUAAACUGAUUAGUUUAUGAAAAAAAAUGAAAUUUCAGGAAAUUACGAAUACCCUAAAAUAUUUGGUUAAGAAUGUCAUUCAAUAACAUAUUUUUACAAAACCUGAAAAUAUGGAAAUCUUGGAACCAAAAAUGCUUUCAAUAGCAUAAUACAAAUUAUGAUGAAAGUAUAUAUCAAAAUAUGUAUUGUUUAUCAAAAGUGUAAGAAAUUAUUACUGUAUCAAGAGGUUAAAUUGUGAACUUUUGAAAAUAUUGUACAUGUACUGUUUUAAUAUAAAAGUUCAUAUUUUAAAGUCAACAAUGAUUAAAUUAGUUUGGAGUUUAUAUGAAUUUAACAAAUAAAUCAUUAAAAUUC